AGUUUUCUCAAAAGUCGAAAAGGUUUGUUUUGAGCUUCGAAGAUUGGGUUUCCGCAAAUUUUACUGCUGUCUGGCGUUGGUUGAUGCCGGUACAUCGAGUCAAUUAUUGAAUCCUGCGCUUUUUUUUUUUUCACGCAUCAAUCGUAAAACGGGCCGUCCGUGCGGUAUCGGGAAGUCACCAUGUCCGGUCUUGUUCGUGUGAUGGACUUGUCAGAACAACAGUGUUUUAACGCAGAAAAUCGGCUACUAUAUCCCAUCUAGGUCGUCUUCGACAGCGUUUAUGCGACCCCGGGUAUCCCUCAUCACUCCUUCGGGGACUUGGCCGCCUCGCGUUUCCAAAAGGUCAAAUCAAGAUGCCGGGGUCCGUCCAUCUACGUAGCAGCUGGUACUGCGUGACAAAGACGCCUUGUCUUUUAGGGAGGGUCGAAUCUACACUCUGAGCAAGUGACAGUGUGAAGUCCGUAGGAGGAAUGCAUUUGCUUCGAAACGAGGUGUCCCGCGGAGACUCCUAGGCCCACGGCGCGCCGCCAAGGCGCGCUGUGUCCCGACUCCCACAUCCAGUGUAGCGGCGCUGGCAGGCUUCUGGGAGGAGGAGCGGCGGCAUCGGCGGACCAGGAAAGGCAGGAGACCCGUCGCGACGGAUAGCCCCGGCUGGGGGGGCAGUUGACUGCGCACACAAAAAGGACGUGCUCCUGUACGAGCCGUGUGAGCGCAGUCGACGGCGUGCUACCUCUGUAUAGUUUUCCUUGCUCUCGGUGAGUGGGUUGGACUGUCGACGUCCCUCCGGCUGUGGUAUUAUUCGUGCAUAACGGUUGGUAUGGCGCUGUACGACGACGCGCGAUUUGUGCUGUCGCACGUGCGCCACUCGUUCGUGACGUGCGACGACACCGGACUGUGCGAGCUGGCCUUGCUGAGCGACGCCGACAUCCGCGUCGCCUGGCCUCAGCAGGCGACCUCGCAGGUGACCACCGACCUAGCGGCGGAAGCCGAGCAACUGCAGCUGCAGCAGCAACAAGAGAUGAGCCAGUCCUACGACAUCGUCUCCGAGAUGGAGUUCAUCGGAGCUCACCGCAGGCGCUCUAACACGGCCCAGCGACUGGAACGGCUGAAAAAGGAGCGUCGGCUGCAAGGGAAGCUGCGUCACGUCGUCUGGAAGGACCAGCCUGCCAAAGAACUCAGCGCCUCGGAAUUGGACGCCUAUUUUCCCCGCAAGGACGUUGGCCGCCGUUCCGGCAAGUGGUCUCCCCCCGCAGACGGCGAAGCCACGAAAAGAAGUUCGGCGCUGACGCGACAGCUGGAGCAGUUUCCCGUGGCGCCCAACAACCCGUUCAACGAGUACACGCGCUUCGAUGGCAAGGUGAGCGAGCCAGCACACCGUCGAAUCAACAUCUUCAUGAGCAUGCUGCCUCCGGAGGAGCGGGGAUUCCCCAUUGUGGUGUCGGCAUUGCCUGGUGCCCGAAUCCAGGACCUCAUAGGCCUUGUAUGUUGGCACUACACCAACGAGGGGCGUUCACCAAAACUCAGGCCUAGUGUGUCUCAGUACUGCUUGAGGAUUGCGGAAGAAAGUGGAGAAAUUGAUGAGGACUUCCCGCCACUGGACCCUCGGGAACCUGUGACAAAGUUUGAGUUCCCGUACCUGGCCUUGGCCGAGGUGGAGAGGGAAGAUUUUCCCACAGGACCUCUGCUCACCUUCCACACCAAGGAUGGUUUCACGAAAGUCCAGAUUCCCAGUCUAGAUGCCACAUUGCGAGAAGUGCUCGACCAAAUGCUCAAGAAGCGCAAGGGCUUGCUACGCUCAUUGGGGCCCGAGUUCCAUGUUGAAGACUACCGAGAAGUGGGCAUCCCUAUAGACUUGGACACCACCAUCCGGACGAGCGGCACCCUUGAGUUCACCCUAGUGUCAGAGGACGCGGUGUUAUCAAGAACACAGCCAGAUGAUUAUCCUGACCGAGACAUGACCGCCAUGGAAGCUCACCUGUACCAAGCAUUCAAUGUGGCUCUCGUACCUCGCAUAGGACGUAACACUGAAGUCCAGUUAGGUAUAUCCGGCGAGAAGGUGGAGAUAACGCCUCUGCAUCAGAAACCCAAGAACCGACUCUGGAGUUGGCAGCCAAAGGCAGUUACGCACAACAUGAACGAGAUUGCUGCAUGCGAGUUUGUCCACCGAAAACACAGCAUGGGCUCUCCAGAGAAGUGUGUGGUGAAAGUAGUGUACUUAUCUGGCGGAGAGUUCAAGAACCAUGUCUUUGAGACAGACCCUGGCACGGCAUCUGUUAUCCGGAACAAGCUGGGCUACAUCCUCGUCAUGCGUACAAGUCCAGCACGUACUCAGUACCUGGCACUAAAGGAGCGAAAGCUGCUUCGCAAGCAAUCCUCCUUCCUGCUGCCUAGCUAAGGCCUUGUUCCUUGAACUACUAUUUCAAGCUCCAUCCUCCACUCUGCAUCUUGUGCUACAACACGUGAUAGCAAAUGAGGCGUUCAGACGGAGCAUGUGUGUUGUGCUCCAAAUUGUGCUCAGAUCAUUUGUUGUGUUGUCAUUUGUCUUGCAUGCCUCGUGCUUUGUAGCGCACCCCUCGGCUAGACGUGAGGUUCCUCUCUCCUCUCUCUCUUAUGCUCAAACAUGUCCCACCCCUCUGCUUUCUCCUCUAACCAAUCCCGUCAUAUCACAUUUUCUCUAAGAAUGAAUGGCAAAGAAAGCUUACUGGUCGUAGAAGCAGUGUUGAGAACUUGGUCAUGCCUUUCUUUUUUUUUGUUUGUUUUUUUUUUUUUUGUUUUUUUUUUUCGGUGGCAGCAGUUUUUGUUUACAACCAUAGUCUCCCUUGAGGGUGCAAAUUAUAGCCAUAUGCUCUGAAGCCUAUCGUUUUCUUCUGCAUUUUAUGGCCCUGAGCCUCUGACACCUAAUCCACUGGUAAUCAUUUUUUUUUUUAUUGAUGAACGUGUCUCUGUUGUGAGGAUGCGAGUUGUAUUAGGUGAAAGGCCUUGUUGGUCAUUUGUGCAUGCUGGUCACUGUGCAUUGUUGCUUGUUUUCCAGCUCUCACAAUGAUUGGUCUGUGAGGCUCAGGGUUUCCUUUAACACACUUGCUGCCCCGUCUUCUAUCGCAUCCUCUCCUCAUCUCAUCCUGAGGCUGCGUUAUGUAUGUGCCUAGUAGAACUUUGUGGUGGACACGUCUUGUCCUUGUUAGUUUGUGCGAUUAGCAGUGUACAGCUUUAGAAGGACUCUCGAACACUUUCGAAGCCUCCUUCUUUUUUUUUUUUUUUUUUUGCAGGUUGUGUAGACAGUUUGUUAGAGAAACCUUUUGCGUGGUUCGUAGCAUGGAUAUGAAAUUAUUUAUUUGAUAUUUUAAUCACGCAAAGCAGUUGUGACAUGGGCUGCCAACAGCAUCAGUGCAUAGUGGGGCUCGCCAGAAGCACUUCUUAUAGAAAAGUCAUCAUCAGAAGCUUGUCCAUAUUGAUAAAAACAAAGUUGCAGAUAACUAGUUCUUCAUUGAUGUGAAAUCUUGCUGGAAGUUAGAUUAGUUUGGUUUCAGUUUGUUUGCUGUACAUCUUAAUAUAUUGCAUAUAGAUGUGGUCGUAAAAUGUAAGCAUUACAACUAUAAGAAGUCGGUAAGCGCUAGCUGCUCUCUCACCUGUGGCCUCUAAGCGUAAAGAAAUGCACGCACAAGCAGUGAAUCUGCGUGAAAGGUUUUUUUCUCACUUGUGUGCUCUCAUGAGUAGCCCGGUUUUUUACUUCUUCACACUAGUGAAUGCUGUUGAAGUGGUAAAUGUUUCUCACCUCAGCAAGUUGUUGUUGUCUCACUUUUUUCUCCAGGUGUGUGGCUUCACAUUAGUUAAACCUCGUUAGUGCAUUCCCGCUUUAAGCAUACUAACGUUUAAAAUCUAGUUGCGACGAGUCCCCGAUGGAGUCUCGGAGACUAGUGCAUUCGUAGACCGCUUGAUCAGUAGUGUUUGGCUUAUGCCUACCGGUUAGUGCGUAAUAACUGUGUAACACAAUAACAUUUUGUGCCACAAAAUUUUACUGUGCCACCGUCAUGUUGAUAAGUGCGGAGAUCAGCCAAUAAGUUAUUCCAAUUUCUGCGCGAUUGCGGCGAUGACAUUCCGAGUAAUCAUCAGGGAAAAAACGAAGGCGAGGUAGCGACCACCAACAAACGCGCUGGUACGACUUAUUGCCAGCAAAAAGACUUAUCACAGUAAGCAUCCUUAGUUAUCUGCUCGGGCAAACGUGUGAUGUAGCGUCACUUUAAGCCUACUGCACUCUUUUAGGAGUCAACUACCUGAACGGGCUGGGCUGCCGAUCGUUGCCGCUUCGUUUUCCGGGACCGUGUUCAAACACGCACCGCUUUACAUAAACGCAAGCAGCUCGCUGUCACAGAGUUUAGCGUUGCCGGCACUGAGAAACCUUGCUUUAUUACGCCAAUGCACGCAUCGUACAGCGAGCGUAGUGCUGUUGUUAUCAUGCUGGACGCUUUUAUGUAGCGACAGCCCAAACGCCCCUCUAUCUGCUGCCAGGACUGCUAGAGCAUCACGGAGAGCGCAUUGCUUGCGUAAGCUCUUCGUUGCCGCAUUAACUGAGCAGGCUACUCGCCAAACUUGUGCAUGGCCUGAAGCAGAGAGGGUGUACUCUACAGCAAGCAGAUCGGCAGUGAUGGUGUGCACAGGGUGAGCGAAGCACUGCAUGCAACUAGUCAUGUAGUAAACAAUCUGGCUCUCUGAGACUGAACUGCGUUUUAAAAAAGAAAAUGCGUGAGUUUUCGCUAAGAAGCAGACCGUGGAAAAACUUUCACGAACAGCCGAUUGUGUUCGUUCUAUUGCUGUACAACGCUGCGUAUCCCGGAUCUCCCUGUAGUUUCUAAAUGCUCAUUGGCGUCGCCAUCGUGUGCUAUCGGACGGUUGUGCGAGAAUCAGCAACUUUUCUGUACUUUGGCAAAAAAAAAAGAAAUGGCUUUGCGGUGGGAACUUUAGUCAAUGUUUCCCGUGGCACUGAGUUUCUUCCAUUGUUGGCGGCGAUGGCGCAUGUCAGGAGAUGCAAAUUUGUAGCUGGUGGUUAAUGCAUGGUACGCUUAGUGCAUAGAUAUGCCGCCGUCCCUAGCAGGUACAUAUUAACGGGGUUUCACUGUAUUUGUUACUGUGGUAAUGGCAUUAUUAUUACCCUGGGUGGAACAAGCAAACAUGGAAUGCAAACUUCCACUGUGUAGGUGCUUCUAGCUCUUACCGGUAGCAGCAGGUUAUGUCACUGAGUGAGACAAAUCAUCACAUAUUACCCGUGAAAUUUGUUUGUUUUUUCUUGUAUUCCUAAUUUUUUGGUGGAAUAACUUCCUAGGGCAUGCUACUAUUGCUGCCAUUGUUGCUGCAUUUAUCUGUCCUGCUAUCAGUCUAUACAACCCACAAAUAAAAAAAAUGGGGGUUUAAGAAGCGAAAGAGGGCCUGUUAGAACUUUCAACUUGUAUAUAAAUGUGUGAUUCGAAAGUUAGACAGUUAGCGACAUCUUUCCCGGUACAAUGAGCAUCCUCCAUUCACAUUUGAUUCUCUUCGUUUUUGUGAGCCAUGCGACACCAAUAUAGAAUAAUGCACCAUCAUCUUUUGAAACUUGAAAUGCAACAUGCUGAAAGGCCACAAUGUGACACAAGUGAAAUGUGAAAUAAACAGCCAGAAUUGGGCAUCUAUAUGUACAUAUUUGCUUUUUAUCAUGCAGAGUGGUAUAGUUCGGUGUUAGGAAUAUGUGUGGCAAAUGGGCAGCAAAAGCACUGGACUUCGCUUGGUUUCACAGGCCCUCGAGUAAUGUUGAUGGAGCCAAUAAAACUUGGGAAGUGUGCAUCAGCUACGCAAAGAGAGUUAUGUGUCAAGCAAGACUGCUCUGGGCAUACCUGAUAUUUAUGUAACCUCCCCACUUGCCUACUGUACAGCACUGGUGUUACAUGCGACAGCAUUUCUCAGGUUUCACCACGGUUCAUUUGUUUGCUUUUCCAGUCUUCUGUAUCUUUUGCCCUAUUUUGUAUGUAGCUACCCAGAAAAAAAUGUACGACUAAGCAGCUGUUCAUGUCAUGCACACGGCCUGCUGCCAAGAGAAUGGGGACGUUUACAGUUGUCUGUUACUCAAGUGACCUUGGGAAUGAGUUUUCAGUAAAUGCAACUACAGUCGACUCUCGUUAGUUCAAACUCUAAAGGACUUCUGAAUUUUCUAUGAAUUAUCAGAAGUUCUCAGAUAGAUGACUCUGGGUGAGGUGACACCACACAUUAUGAUUAGGCAUUGAUUUUAUCACAUUUAAAAAAUUUUAUGUGUUUUUAAGCCCUAACUGUAUGCAGUGAACAGAAAGCAGAAAUGUAAAGUCCACAAGUUUAUUGUCCAUUUACUGCUGAUCAGACCUUUUGAAGAAAUCGUGAAUUGCCAACUGCUUCAUUGCUACAGGUGUGUGCCUUCGGCACAAGCUCUCUAUACCAGUUGAGAAGCAUUACGGUUUACCAUGCGUGUGCUUCGUUUCAAACAUUUGUUUACUUGCAAAGCCUUUUUCCCUGAAUGCCUCAGGGGCUCAUUUUGCAUUUUCAGACUGUUAAGAUUAUAUAAGCACACACAUUUUUAAAUAGUAGUGGGAAAGCUGGAUAUUUUUUGGCAUAGACCUGCAAAAAGUACCAACUGAAUGAUGGAGUUUAAUAGGAGGCUUUUAAAUACAUUGAAAGAAUAGAGGGCCAACCAAAAAAAUGAAUUUUGUUUGAAUUAACCAAAAGUACAAAUUAUCAGAGUUCGAAUUAUUGAUAGUCUACUGUAAGUACUUGUGACCUGUAAUGUGAUCCAUAAUAUGCCAGAGAAAGAGGCAGAAUUUCACAGACAUGUGCCGAAAACUUAUUUCUAACAGGCAUUUCCUGCAUGACACUCACAUACACCUCAUCUUUCUUUGCUGAUUUCUUUCCCUCUUUUGAGACAGAGUGCUCCCAUUACUAAAGUUGGUAACUGUUCCACACCCAUAUUUGCUUUCUUUGUUUCUUCGGCCACUACAGUGUUUUACUGAAGCAAUGAAGUGUGAAAAGAAGGUAUAGAAGACCUUGCGUUAUCUGCAGUGCAGAUUUGCACCCUUGUCCUACCUCUAGUUUUGCAGUGUUUGCAGAUGUAGCAAGUAAUCUGCUGCGUUACCUGUGUGGGUCACUCAAAAUGUUCCACAGUGCUCGCCCUAUUUUUUACUUUUUACAAGUUGUUGAAGUGACCCUGACACCCGUGUGGCAGAGGCGAGGAAGAGCAGUGUUUUGAUUUGUGCCGGUGAUUUCACGAAAAUGCGCAUUUCACCCAGAGACACGCGAAAUUAUAUGCUGUGUAGCAACCGACAAGUUUGGUGCAUUCUGCCUUGUUGGCCCUUUUCUGUGUCACCUGCGUAAUUUGUAAGCAUCACCGUUUUUUUUUUUUUCUAUUGGAUAGUCACUUUGGAUAUAUGCGAUUUUGCCGACUGAACUCUGGCUGACGGCAUGGGUUCAUACGCACUCAGUGUUCACAUUCAUAGUAUGCUACAUGCUUUUUCUGACUCUGUGUAAAAACUAAACUUUUCCUUUGUAUAGCGUGAUCAAAGAGCAGUGUGUUGUGUGGCACUUGGAAUUCACGUCUUCUACUCAUUGUACAGCCAUCAUUGUGUGUGGCUUAAGGUAAUUCUUAAAGAAAGAAAAGGAAGGAACAAGAUGUCAUGUUGCCCUAAUUGCAAACAGUCUUAUUGAAAGUGUCUACUAGAAGCCACCAUUAAUGCACCUUAGAAGUGCAUUAAAGUACUGAUAUCACACAUUGCAAGGGUAAGCAAACAGACCAAAUUCACUUGUAGUGCUCAUCUUGUCUUGGCACCCAAAUGGUUUUACCCCAGCUUAGGUAUCCAAUGUUACAAGGAAUACGUCAAUCACAUUCAAGAGCUUGUGUUCCUUCUCUCUGAAUAACCUUUCUCACUGAGUAUUCUCAUGGCAGUUCUCGGUGAACACAAUAUUGCCUGAAAUUUUGGCGAAAUUUUGGGCAAAUAUAUGUGCUGUUGUUUCAUUCCUGCUGGCACGGUACUGUAGUCCUGUGCCAGUACAAGACUGGCAAGCUCAAAAGCAGCUUUAUGUUUCCUUCCCGUAUAUCUGGCAUCUUGCAUAUUCUGCCAGCAGGAUUCGUAGUAUCAAUGCUUGUAAUUCUGCAGUGCUGUGCCCUUCUCUGCAGGAGUGGAUAAACUGUCUUUGCAAGAGCAGAAGAGAUAAGGGGAGCUUCGAAAGCUGAGCGAUUUGGGCCGAGCUUGUACAUUUUGCAUAUGAUGUUGUCUGUUCAGCGAAAAUCUUUUGCUCAAAUGGCUAUAAACACACGUUCUAUCAUAUGGGCACGUGAAAGGUGUUCUACGAAACUUUCAACAGCCUCUUUCUGUGAAGGUUCGCCAUAAUGCUAUACAGGUCAUGUUCUGAUUGCUCGCCUUGUUUUUAGUUUGUGAUGACUGUAGCAACCUUGGUGCAGUGAAGAAGUCAUACAUAAUUUUUCCUCCUGCCUGGGGACUGACCAUAUAUUGGUUUGUCAUCCAUGUUCUGUUUCUCUUUUUUUUGCUGUUUCAUGAAACUGUUUUUGUUUGUGUGACUUUGUUAGCAGAAGUUACUAUUGUAACACUGUCCAAAGAACAAGAAUUGUAAGUAAAAUUUUACAAGUAGUAAAAUGUUUUGGUGCUGCCUA